CACUCCUCCUUUCUGACCACGCACCCUCGAGGAUCCACAGGUGUCCUCUCCGCUCUCUCUCUCGGACUCCUACCGUCCCCUAACACGCGAGUGUGUGUCUGUGUGUGUGUGUGCCUGCCGUGGCCAUGUCGGACCUGAACCUGACACUGGGCUACUUCCUGUCCGUGCUGGGCUUGAGUGCGCUGCUGGGCCUGCUGCUGAGGCGCCGCGGAGGCCGCUGGGCCGACCUGGCCGAGAUUCCGGCCGUCUUCUCGCUGGCCGCCUGCCGACUGGAGGUGCGCACCAUCGAGGAGCUGGGGGGCUGGGCGGCAGGGCUGGGACCGGACGUCACGCUCACCAUCCUGUUCCUCACGCUGCUGGCUCACGGCGCCUCCUGGCCCGUCGCCAGCGGCAACCCGUCCGUCAGCCUGCAGAGCUUCCUGCUCCUGGACGGCAGACCUCUGCCCACACUGCUGCGGCUGCUGCUGCAGGUGGCCGGCGCGCACCUGGCCUGGCUGGCGGCCAGCAGCUACUGGGCCCUGAUGCUGACCGACAUGCACAUGAUCAAGAGCCUCAUGGGCUCCGAGUGCAGCUCCGCGCUGCGCACCUCCGUCCUGCAGGGCGGCGCCACUGAGGCAGGCUGCUCCCUCACCUUCCAUCUCCUCCUGCUCUCCCUGCAGCAGCGCUCUGCUUUCCUCAGGGUCCCACUGCUCGCCCUGUAUCUGACCUUCCUCUCAUUUGCAGCCAGCGGCUCCUCGUCAGGCUUCGCCAACCCUGCGCUGGCCUACGCUGUGACCUUCAACUGCCCCGGGUUCUCUUUGCUCCAGUAUGCUCUGGUGUACUGGCUAGGGCCUCUUGUUGGAAUGACACUGGCCUUGUUCUUCUACAUGGGACAUGUUCCGAGGCUUUUCAGCAAGAACCUCCUUUAUUCUCCGAAGAGCCGCUUCCGCAUCCCCAAGAAGAAAGACGAGCAGAAGGAGAAGAGUGGCUAAGGGGUCACAGCUGUGCGCGCGCGUGUGUGUGUGUGUGCUUGUGUGUAGUGAGGUUCUGCCCAACAUUUGUAUAUUUUAAGUGCAUUUAAAAAUUGAACUGAAGAACA